CCUUCUUCCACAAGAAUUAAUUGAUACACAAAAUGAGAUCUUUAGUGCUUUACAUUGUUGUUUUUCUUUCUCUUGCAACUUGCACCAUUGAAGGCAACCAACUCUCUUUGUCAUCAUUGGAUUCAUAUGCCAAUGAUUACAAACACUUCAUUCAAGCAAUAAGAGAUUCUCUCACUCAAAAUACCUAUCAGUUGUAUGGUAUACCUGUCUUGAAAAAGGUAGUUCCUCCUUUUGAACGUUUCACCACCUUUACCCUCACCAAUGAAAUUGAUGAAACUAUCACUCUUGCAAUAGACAAGGUAAAUCUCGGAGUUGUAGGAUAUCUUUCAAACAACAUUUCCUAUAUGUUUCUUAAUGCUCCAAGAGAAGCUUUUCGAGUCGUCUUCCCGUCGACUUGUCGAGUCAUUCUUGAUUUCGAUAGCGAUUAUAAAUCCAUUGAAAUUGCAGCUAGUACUACAAGACAAGAAAUUGUUCUUGGAUUUGAUCCUAUGGAUGUAGCCAUCUCCACCUUAUUUCACUAUCAAGAAAAUUCCAUCCCUAAAGCAUUUCUUGUCAUCCUUCAAAUGGUAAUAGAAGGAUUAAAAUUCAAGUUCAUUGAGCAAAGUGUUUUCAUGAGCUUAAAAUAUCGUUACAACUUCAAACCUAGUCUUGCAAUUGUUAGCUUACAAGACAAUUGGGUAAGACUUUCUUCACAAAUCCAAGCAUCUUCAUCACUACAAGGAUUAUUUGGAGAAGUUAUUGAGCUUUAUGAUUCGAAUGAUAAAAUCAUUCGAGUGGAUGCCAUUGAUUAUCCAAUCAUACUCACUAACAUUGCCAUGCAACUUUAUCAUUGCAAUGUUAGUACAAAUAUCAUAAAGAUGACGGUCCAAAAUGAUUCAUGCUAUAUACAAUCACACUCUACACGUAUUAGUGGGAGAGCAGGACUUUGUGCUGAUGUAAAAAACGGAUUUUCUAAUGAUGGAAAUCCUAUCAUUCUGUACCCAUGUGGACAACAAGCGAACCAAAACUGGACAUUUCAAAGAGAUGGGACAAUUCAAUCAUUAGGAAAGUGCUUAACUUUUAAUGACACAAACUUUGUUGUUAUUUAUAAUUGUAGUAAAGUUGCACCAAGCACUAUCAAAUGGAAAGUUUCAAUUGAUGGGACAAUCAGCCAUCCUAGUUCUGGGCUUGUCUUAACAGCAAAUUCACCAGCAGCAAACACCAAAUUGAAAAUGGAAGCCAAUACACAAACUUUUAGCCAAUGUUGGAGGGUUGGAAAUUACAUUGAACCAAUUGUAGGUUCAAUUAUAGGGUUUUAUGGGGUUUGUUUAGAGGCAACAAAUGACAACACAAACUUGAAGUUGGCAGAUUGUGUGAAGAACAAGAGACAGCAAUAUUGGGCUCUUUAUGGUGAUGGAACUAUAAGAGUAAAUAGUAGUCGCAAUUUGUGUGUGUCUUCUUCUUCCUCAGAUUGCAUACCAGGUCGGGUCGUUACUGUUCUUAAGUGCAAUGGAGGAUCAAACCAACGUUGGUAUUUCAAUGUUAAUGGCUCAAUCAUGAACCCUAAAUGUGGGAUGGGGAUGGAUGUUGAUACACGUUGGAAUGAUAUUAUUUUGUAUCCUAAAACGGGUGAAGCUACUCAACAAUGGUACUUAUUCUACUAAGUUUUUGGUUGUCAUAUCCACACAUGAUAUGUUGAGUAUAUGUAUUGUAUGAUCUAAUAAAUAAUAAGUGUGGAUUACUCUUAAGGGGUAUUUGUCAUUUGUUA